AUGGGCGAUGCCUUCAUUAAUGAGAUCAAUCAAGCGGUUCUGUAUCUAAGGCGACAGUUUAGUUUCUCCGAUAAUGAACUGAAGUGCCUGGAAGAUGUGAAAUCGUUGAAUGAGAUGUCCUUGGCGAUCCGAGCCAGGCUCAGUGAUGCCGAGGAGAUGGAGGUAGCCAACGAUUCCGCUAAACUUUGUCUUGACAAUCUGAAGAAAAUCUUCCAUGCUAUGGAGGAUUUGCGUGACGAGUUUUUCUAUAACGUGAUACGUUUAAAAUCACAAUGCUCGGAUGUUGGCAUGGUGUGCCAGGAACACAAACCUAGCUCAUCAACUAUUCCCCAUGGAUAUCUGGUCUUUAUGCGUGAUCUUGUCCAAUCAAUAUGGGAUCUGAAGGACAGACAAGAUAAGGAAAUGAUGGAUUGGGAUGCCCACGCGAAAGGACUCCGUGAAAGAUAUCAGCUGAAGCCUACCACUGUUCAUCGUCAAAGCAUCUCGUUGAUGGGGUCAACUUCCCCUAUCGGCAGAGGUGACGACUUGGAGAAAAUCAAGUGCUUGUUGUUCUCAGAGCUUAACGGUCAUGUCAACAUUCCUGUAAUCGCUAUUGUGGGUAUGGGUGGCCUUGGGAAGACUACCCUCACUCAGUUGGUGUACAAUGACCCUCAAGUGAAGAAACAUUUCAAUCUAAGGGCUUGGGUCUGCGUCUCUGAAGAUUUUGAUAAGGUGAGGUUGACGAGAGAAAUGCUCAAGGAUUUGGAGGAAAGCUGUGAUCUUACACAAAUGGAUCCACUUCAGAGAAGGCUGAAGAGCCUUGUUGAUGGGAAAAGGCUUUUGCUUGUGUUUGAUGACAUCUGGGAACACCAAAAUUUUAAUGCAAUUGCCUGGGAGGAUCUAUGUAAACCCUUGCUUAGUGUAAAAGAUGGAAGCAGAAUCAUAGUGACUACAAGGGAUCAAAAUGUUUUGGAUAGAGUAAUAAUGGGAGCUAGUGUGCAUAAAUUACCUCGUCUAAGAGAAGACGAUUGCUUUACGCUUUUUAGUCAGCAUGCCUUUGAGGGUCGGGCCACUGAUAUCGACCCGACACUGCUGGAGAUCGGGAAGAAAAUCACUAAUAAGUGCAGAGGUCUACCACUAGCUGUGAAGACUCUUGGAAGCUUACUGUGUGGUCAAGAUGGUGUGGAGGAAUGGAAUGAUAUACUGAACAAUAGUGGUAUUUGGCCUACUGAUGACCAAAGUAGCAUUAUGCCCAUACUCCGGUUAAGUUACCAGCAUUUGCCUACCAAAGUCAAAAUAUGUUUUAGGUAUUGUUCUGUGUUCCCAAAAGAUUAUAAGUUUUACAAGGAGAAACUCAUCAAUAUGUGGAUGGCCCACGGUUACAUUACUCGAACAAAACGAGGGAAAAAACAGCUAGAAGACAUCGGCAAUGAGUAUAUAAAUGAGCUCUUAUCAAGGUCUUUAUUUGAACAGUCUGAAAAUCCCGACUCAUUUCAGAUGCAUGACUUGAUCCAUGACAUAGCCAGAGAUGUUUCACAAGGUGAAUGGUGGAGUGUGGAGAAUGGUGUGUUCUACGGUAAUCAAGAUGACGGUGUUCAACACUGCUCAAUCAUUUCCACUAAAAGUUAUCCCCAGGAGCAUGUUCAACGGCAACCACAAAUUCGAUGCCUAUUAUUUUUCAACAGCACGUUGAAAUUGUCUUAUAUCAAUGAUUUAUUCAGCAUAAUGAGGCGGCUAAGAGUUCUUGAUAUGAGUUAUAAUCGACUACCGAACCUGCCUGACUGCAUUAGUGAUUUGAAACACCUACGUUGUCUUAGUCUUGAACGUAGCCUCAUCACAGAGCUUCCUGAAUCCGUGGGGAGCCUACAUCUCCUGGAAUCACUGAACUUGAAUAAUACUUGGAUUAGGGUUUUGCCUAGCACGAUUUGCUUCUUGAAAUGCCUGCGUUAUCUUAAUCUUUCUGGGACAUCGAUUGAGUAUCUCCCAGAUUGCAUAGCAAAUCUUUCAAGUCUGAGACGGCUGAUCUGCGAUGAUGAUGUUGUAUUUCCCUCAGAGAUCAGAAACUUGACUGAUCUUUAUACGUUUUCUGAUUCUGGUAAAGGCCGACAUGUUGUAGUCAAAGCGUUUACGGACUUGGUUAAUCUUGAUGAGGCAAGGAAGGCAUCCUCCUACAGCAAGGAACACCUUAAGGUCUUAUCUUUCGUCUGGAAAGACAACCAAUCUCCUAUGGCGGAUCAUAUACAUGGGGAGGUGCUGAAAAUUCUUGGGCGUCCUCCCAAUCUCAGACAGUUGUACAUGCAAGGAUUUGGGGGAAGUUCUCUUCCAUCUUGGUUAACAAGUCCCAGUUACCUUCCUAAGCUCAACCGUAUUGAUCUAAUUAGAUGCAAUAAGUUGACGUCACUCCCGCAUCUUGAAUUCUUUCCAUUUCUGAGGCAUCUGUACAUUAACUCAGCCAAGAGACUACAAGAUAUCGGCCCUCAGUUUUCCUCCGGCAUGACUCGAUUACCGAACAGAGCAGAGCUCCAACCCAUGUCCAGGCCUAUGAAUAUUUUCCUCCGUGCGGCCAACGUGCAUGAAAGUUCCUUUCACCUGUACACGCUAAUUAUUGUGGAUUGUCCAAAUAUAUCAUCCUUCACUGCAGACGAAUUCAAUUAUCUCCGGGUUCUGAAGAUUAUCAGUUGUCCUCAGCUGCACCUUCCAUACCUUGCAGCUCUCAGAUCCCUCAAGCAUCUGUCUAUAAUAGGCUCCCUUCAAGAUAUUCCCUCUCACUUUUCGUAUAAAGGUUUUCUAGAGUUGGAGAGUCUAGAACUGGAAGAUUUACCCAAUUGGAGGUCAUGGGCAGGUCCUGAAGUGGGCGAGUGCCCAAACCUUCGAAAGCUUUCUAUUGUUGGAUGUAACGCUCUGGAGAACUUCUCAAUAUGCUGGCUUCACAAGCUCCAACCCAAUGACAUAUGCGUGAAGAAUUGUAAGAGGUUAAAUAUCCCGAUGAAUGGUACUGUGAAAUUACUUGAUAUGGAGAAAUAG